AAUGUAAACACUAAACUUAUACCUAUACUAACUAAAUUGUUGUAUUAUGUUUAUCAAAUGACCGUGCGUGUGUAUUUUUCAAGUGAUGAGCAAUUACCACCAUCAGGCAGCCGCGGUCGCCGCACAAGGUUUCGGGCCACCAGCGUCGCCGCACACCGGCGGCCCCGGCAACCCGCGGGCCGCCGCGUUCCCGCCGGCCACGUCGCCCGGCCCCGGCGCCCCGUCCACCAUGGACAUGUACAGCUCGAACCCGGCCGAUUACGUGCAAGCAGCGUCACCGCAACCGUCCGCGUUCCCCGCGAUCGCCGUCUCACGUGCGCCCAUUAAUUACAAUCCUGUAGGGGCCUUUGAUUCCGGCCGCUUUUACCAAUGGGUACCACUGAACAACGCAAGAGUCAAUAAAUUUCUUCCAUCGUUGACCGAUAUUAGUCGCCCCUAUGCGUGUGAUUGACUCAAUAACUCACAACUAUCACCAGAGAUAUAUAUAUAAACGUCUCACUCACUCUCACUUACACCAAAGGUUUUCUUUCUCAAUA